AUGGCCAUGGAGGACUUUUUCUUGGACCAUAUCUCGCUUCAGUACGAAGGCUAUUAUAACGCAGCCCAUACCUCUACGAAUUCCUCCGCCGCAUCUAUUCCAACGGAUCAUUAUCUUGCUGCAUGGUACGCUACUGGCAUGCCAUCUCUAGCGACCCCUCCAGACGGCUACUCCUACUUUUCCCAAAACGCGGACUACGCGCUUCAUGGCUACUCUUCACAAUCCGAGCCAGAGGCAGGAUAUCCGUACACUUGUCCUCGUAGCGGACCAACCAACGAUUCCGAUGGCGCCGACCACAACGUCGCCCCGUCAUGUCUCGAGGAGCAGGAGAACCUCCUCUACGAGUCUCACCAGGGUUACCCUUCCUCUGAUUUGGCUCUCCUCACCACCUCCGGCAUCGACGCGUCCUUCAGCGCGGUCACUGAAUGCUGCGACUUCUCCCAGGAUGAUCCCUAUCCCUAUCCUUAUGCCUUCCCCACACUCCCCUCGUCGCUUCAGCAACUCUCCGAUGACCCACCAUAUAUGUCCUUGCCUCCACAUCACACCGCUGCCAUCAACCGAUGGAAGUGCCCACACUGCAGCUACGUCCAAGGACGUCGUCCCUCUAGCAUUGUUGUCUUCGGCCUUGUGCCCCCAGGGCCUUCCCCUCCUUUGGCUUCCUACUCGAUUGACGGGUCGUUGCCCACUGCUGUAAAUCUUGGAUCCACGACGGAAUGCAUCCCGAAUCAGCAAUUGUUCAGUUCUAAACCCCUUUCCGGCCUUGGUCCCCACAACCUGACGAUCUUCGUCAAUCAGACUUCAUCCGAACAGCCCUAUAUUCUCGACUACCUCUGGUUGUGCGGCGCAAACAGCAACUCGACGGCAUCGGAUCACUCAGGGAGUGAUCAAUCGGAGGCGUCUCAUGACAAGUCAUCGACCGACAGCAUCAUCAUUGGCACUGUUCUCGGCGGCGUCAUCCUCCUCGGCAUCGCGUUCGGUGUUUAG